UACUAAAGAAUUCAGAAUUCUAAACCAUCUCCAUAUUUUUCUUAAACCAUUCUAUUCUCAAAUCAAUAUAACAAUGGGUUUUCGUUUACCCGGUAUCAGAAAGGCAUUAUUUGCAGCAAAUCAAGCAUCUUCAAAAGAAGUGGAUGCGCCAAAGGGCUAUCUUGCAGUCUAUGUUGGGGUGAAAAUGAAGCGGUUUAUGAUCCCUGUAUCGUACUUGAACCAACCUUCAUUCCAGGACUUGUUGAGUCAAGCUGAGGACGAGUUUGGAUAUGAUCAUCCAAUGGGUGGUCUCACAAUUCCUUGCUGUGAAGACGUCUUCCAACGUGUAACUUCAAGCCUGAAUUGACAAUAAAUCUAAGACUUUAGAAUACUGACAUAGAUUAGUGAAGACAUUUUCACAAUAGGCGUCUUCUCAACUUGUAUAAAUCUCCCUUUCUUGAGAAUGAAGGGUUAGAAACAGAAUGACAUAAUCGUAGUAUAUCAUAUUCUUUUGUGCAAUUACAAUGAAUUCAAUU